AUGUGCGGUGGGCAGGAGUUCUUCAUUGCGAAUGGGAACUCCAUUGGCACGCUGGAAAGGGUGCCCCAGCACAUCAGCUACACGUGCAGGGCACCGGUGGUCAUCGCGCAGGAGAUGCAGGCGAGCCCGCGCACCAGCCCGUGCUUCACCCAGCGCAUGCAGAAGCAAUCCUGGCGCUUGGGCAUCUCACCAAGCACUCCCAUCGGCAAGUUGGGCACCACUAUCGGCGCAGCCUAUCACUGGGCCAAUGAAGGCAUGGCGGACCGCAACAAGGCCAUCCUUGGGAGCUUCACCGCGGUGGCUACGGCAUCGGGGAAGUACUGGGCCGUGGGCGGCGACUUCAACCGCCGCAUUCGCCAGUCCUGCUCCGAGUUCCACGCCUCCAGGCGCAGAACCGGUGGAUGUGAGUUUUGCGACGACUACGACGACGGCUUCUACAUCUACCCGCGGGACGCCGGCGACGUCGGCGAGCUGAACAUCGCCAUGGGGCGACUCGAGGAGGACGACCAGCGCCUCCCUGAGAUUAUUCUUUGGACCUCUGCUGACCUCGGCCUAGUGGCCUCGCAGGAAAGCCCGACGGUUGGGGCGGAAGCGGCAUGGAGGCGCCGUCUGCCGACGAGGCAGACAGAGACAGAGGGCAGCGCGAGCCCGCCCACCUUCGGGUCGCCGCGGACGCUGCGCUGGAAGGCUGGGGGCCAGUCCUGGGCCAGCACUUGCGACGACAGCGCGCCGCGGCGCCGGGCGCCCAGCGGCCGCGAGCUCAAUGAGGACGCCGCCCCGAGGAUCACCCCGAAGGGCGCGUUCGAGGCGCGCGGGCGCUUCCGAGCCGCCGCGGGACUGGGGGGGCCGACUGGCGCCCGCGCCCGUGGCGACGCGGGGUCUCCGAGGAGCAGCGCCCGCGGCGAGCGCGUUCAGCGCCGCGGAAAAUGGCGCGCCGUGGCCGGCAGCGCAGGAGGGCUCAUGACUGGGCCCGCCGAGGGCCUGCAGGCAAUGCGCGGCGAGGCAGAGCGCGCCGACGGCCACGAGUACGCGGCUGGCCACUCCGACCUCGUCAAGCGCCUCGAGCGGGUCGCGCGCCGGGCGGUCCUGUGGGGCGGCCGGGCGGCGAGGACCUGGCAGCGCGGCAUCGUCGCGGGCAGCAGGUGCGCGCCGUCCUGCCUCGAGAUGGCGAUCGCCCCAGCGUUGGGCGAGCUGGAGGCGCCCCCCUCUUCUGCGACGACCUCGCUGCAAUGGCCACGCGCGGCGUCCGCGAUCUUGCGCGGCAGCCCCGCCCGCUGCGCGGCCCGCGCGUUUGAGGCGCACCUGGGCGCGCCCGUCUCGAGGGGCGCGGGGGGGGGGGCGGUCGCCCUGGCCUCCGCCGCCGCGCCGGGCAAGAACAUCGCAGCUACCGCCAGGACAGCCGCCCGGACGGCAGAGUGGGCAGCGCGCGAGAAGUUGCGCCGAGGUCGACCAGCCCCGCGUUGCUGCGCGACGACCAGCCCCUUCAUGGCGCGGGCGAUUGCGUGGCAGGAGGCGCUUGCGGACACGCCGCUGGCAGAGAGGCUCCGCGGCGCAUGCCGCGCGCGGGCCAUGGGGGCCGCCAAAUGCAAGGCGCCGUGGCUGAGGGCGCGCAGACCUGCGGCGGCGCUCAUUGCAGCGGCGAAGGCCAUGGACUGGAUGACGAAAGCCGCGCGCACCGUCGCCGUCGGCGACGCCGCCUACGACUUUCCCUAUACUCGGUCCGCCACCACCCCGGCAAAGCCGUCCUGGGGCUUCGGCACCGAGCGCCGCCCGAUCGUGGACCCCAUCAGCAAGAGCGACUUGCCCGGCCCUGACACCUACUGCCGCGGCCUCACAAGCAGGGCGAGCACUGGGCCGUCGGCCUCCUGCACGCCCCGCCGGCCGCUGCGGGUCCACCCCCUGUUCAAGGCCCCCGGAGUGUGGUCCUGA